CCCGUCCCGUCCCGUCCUCUUCCACCAUUUUCUCUCUCUUGUGCGGUUGUUGAAGGAGACGAUGCUUUCCACCAAUCUCAGUAGUAGCCAUUCCUCUGACAAUCUAGCCGAGAUCGCUGCAAGAGUUGUUCAAGAACUUACAGCCGAUUCCGAUCACGACGGCGUUUUCGAAUUCACUUAUGAAGGUGAAUCGAAUUAUCCGAGAAAUGAGCUCCAAAACCAUGCCGAUGAUGAUUAUCAACUGAUGAAUGAUGAUGAUGACGAUGAUUUUGAGUUCGUCGUUGCUGGAAGAGACUCGCCAAUUUCCGCUGACGAGAUCUUCUGCAACGGCCAAAUCAGACCGAUUUAUCCUGUUUUCAAUAGAAAUCUGUAUUUCGAUGGUUUUGGAUUUGUUCAUGGUGGAUCUGAUUUUGAAAAACCGAUUCCGAUUCCUCCUCCUCCUCAUCCUCGAGUUAGGAUUCCUUUGGCGAAGCUUUUGAGAGAGGAUCGAGAUCCUCCGUCAUGCUCUUCAUCUGAGGCCGACGAACUCGAUGGAGUUCCGGCGGAAAUAUACUGUUUGUGGAAACCGAAGAAUUCGACAGAGGAGGAAGAGGAAGAGGUAGACGAAGGAAAGUGCAAGAAGAGUAACUCGGUUGGAUCGUCGUCGAAACGGUGGAAGUUUCGUAACUUACUUCACCGGAGCAAUAGCAGCGACGGCGACGGCAAGGAUAUGUUGGUGUUUGUUCCUCCAAGGAAGAAAGGGGACGCCGGCGAUGCGGCGCCGGCGGUGUUGUCGCCGGAGAAAGCGGUUAUUCUGAGAAGAAAAGCGAUGAAAGAUGGAGAAAAGAGGGCGUCAUAUCUUCCGUACAGGAAGGAUCUAGUAGGACUGUUUGCUAAUCUCCAUCCCUUCUGAGUUUCUUUUUUUCUUUUUUUUUUUCUUUUUAAUUUGGAUUGUCUUUUUUUUCUGUUAAU